UGCGAGCAUGUUGUGUGUGCGAGAGUGUGUGUGUGUGUGUGUUAUUAUUAUUGUUAAGGUUAACUAACAACUUGUUUAAUGCCUUAGCAUUUGCGCAUCUUUAUAUAUAUAUAUAUAUUUUUGUUAAUUUUGUAAGUUAAGUGCGUCGAACGGAAGCCAGAAAUGCUGCGCCUACUCAUAACAAACUGCAGUCGCACCGAUAUGCUCAGCCGCAGCUUGUUGCAAUCACCGACGCGUCUGCAGAAUGCCAGCCGAUUGAUGCGACAACAUCAGCAUAUAAUGCGGCCAAGACCGACGACGGGUCCGCCUGGCAAUUGCAGUUUACGAGGAGCGGUGCAGACAACACGUGCCCUGCUGCUGGGCGGCGCCACUCUGGGCGUGGGCGUGGCUGUGCGCGGCUGGUGGGCAACCCGAUUGGUGCACUGCGAGGGCAAUCGACUGGCUGGCGUUGUACAGCACACGCUGGACCAACAGGAGGAGGAUCAGCAGUUUGACUGGCGUCGCCUCUGGACAUAUCUGGAGCCGCACACAUGGGAGCUGCUCGGUGCUAUUUGUGCGGCACUCAUUGUGGCGUUCAUCAACAUACGCAUACCCAAUCUGCUGGGGGAUCUGGUGAACACGCUGGCCCGCUAUGCGAACACCUAUGUGAUGGAUCCCAUCAAUAAUUCGUUUGUGAGGGAUGUCAGCAAGCCGGCGAGCAAUCUGUUGAGCCUGUAUAUGCUCCAGUCGGGCUUCACCUUCGUCUACAUCUAUCUGUUGAGUCGCGUCGGUGAGAAGAUGGCCGCCCGUCUGCGACAGGAUCUGUUCAAGCAGAUUGUACUCCAGGACAUUGCGUUCUUCGAUGAGAAUCGCACCGGUGAACUGGUGAAUCGCUUGACGGCCGACGUCCAGGACUUUAAGACAUCGUUCAAACAGUUUGUCGCCCAUGGAUUGCGGAGCAGCGCCCAAUUAAUCGGUGGCAGCAUCUCCCUGUUCAUGAUAUCGCCACACAUGGCGGCCAUUGCGCUCGCCAGUGUGCCUUGUGUGGUGAUGUUCAUGUCCUAUCUGGGACGCAAGCUACGAUCGCUAAGUAAAAGCUCACAAGCGCAGGCGGAACGGGCGACGGGCGUCUGCGAGGAGGCCUUAUCCAAUAUACGGACGGUGCGGUCCAGUGCCUGCGAGUACCGUGAGAUGCAGCUGUUCGAGAAUGAGACAAACGAGGCGGCACGUCUGGCACAGGAGCUGGGCUAUGGCAUCGCUGUCUUCCAGGGAUUAACAAAUUUUUUCCUCAACACACUGGUGCUAUCCACGCUCUUCAUGGGCGGCCAUCUGAUGUCGACGGAGAGUCUGACGCCGGGCGCGCUGAUGGCAUUCCUCGUUGCAUCGCAGGGUGUGCAACGUUCGUUGUCCCAGGGAUCAGUGCUCCUGGGCACCAUGAUUCGUGGCAUGACCGCCGGCAGUCGCGUCUUUGAGUUCCUUUCCCUCCAACCGAAAGUGGAGCUGCUCCGUGGCUAUGUCAUACCGUCGGAGCGGUUGCACGGCGAGAUUCGCUUCGAGAAUGUCUCCUUUGCGUAUCCCAUGCGACCAGAUCAUAUCGUGCUGAAGGACUUCAAUCUGACGCUGCGUCCCGGCCAGACGGUGGCGCUGGUGGGCGCCAGCGGAUCGGGCAAGUCAACAAUAGCGGCACUCCUCGAACGCUUCUACGAACCUACCUCGGGCAACAUUAAGCUGGACGGCUACAAGCUCUCGGACAUAUCGCCCUACUGGCUGCGUGGCAAUGUGCUCGGCUUCAUUGAGCAGCAGCCAAUCCUCUUUGGCACCAGCAUAUUGGAGAAUGUGCGAUACGGCAAACCGGAUGCCACACGAGACGAUGUUUACGAUGCCUCGAAACUGGCCCAAUCCCAUGACUUUAUCACUGCCCUGCCAGAUGGCUAUGCGACGCAUGUCGGCGAACGUGGCACCCAGUUGAGUGGUGGUCAGCGACAGCGGAUUGCCAUCGCCCGGGCGCUGGUGAAGAACCCACGCAUCCUGAUCCUCGACGAGGCGACGAGCGCCCUCGACGCGACCAGCGAAUCCGAAGUGCAAAAGGCACUCGACACUGCCGUACAGAAUCGCACCACGCUAGUUAUUGCUCAUCGUCUAUCCACGAUACGCAAUGCCGAUCUGAUUGUCGUCAUGGAUCAGGGACGCGUUGUCGAGACGGGCAAGCAUGAUGAGCUGAUGGCGAGGCGUGGACUGUACUUUGAGCUGGUGCGUCAGCAGGAGCGAAGGGAAAUCCAGGAGCAGCAGCAGGAGCAGGCGCAGGCCGGCGAGGAGACGAUAACCAAAAAUGUGCCACAAGUGGAGACGGCAUAGGCAAUCCCAAUCCAAUAGUACAAUAAUACGAAUGCAACGAAAUAACAAAUGAUUCCCUGUACAUACGA